AUGACGACCACCUCGACUACAACGCGUCUCUUGACGCUCUUGAAUGUUAGUGCACUCAAGACUCGCAAGCGAAAGCGAGAAGACGAGGAAGAGAGCGCACCCCUGCCACCGACAAAAAAGCUCAAUGCAAAACGCGUCGUUCAGAUCGAGGCUGCCGAGGUUGAAGAAGAUGGAGGUGAAGAAGAAGGAGACGACGACGAUGAGGGGCUGAUGGACGAAGACAAGGAAAUACAAGAGACAGAAGAUCCGUACAAUGCACAUUUUAGUGCAGAGCCAAAGUGUUUAUCGACAUCUGCAAAAGAGGCAGUGGAUAAACGACGGUGGACGACGUCCAAACGAUCAGUUGGAAAGCUGGGAGAGGCUGUAUUAUCCAUACCAGAGGGUUCUGAAGACGUGAAAUACAACGGCGAUGGCCUAUUGGAUAAACUCCGGUCGCAAAUGAGCACACAGAGUGAUGGAAACAAAGGCGAAGCGGCUCUCCAAAAGGAUCUACUGUCCUGCAUAGGGUCUUACCAAGACCUUUACGUGACAAAACAUGACGUAAAAACACGGAGUCUCUAUCGGGAUGUGCUCUCAUUGCACAUGCUCAAUCAUAUCAUGAAAAUCCGUCGACGAGUGUUGAAAAACAAUGAAAAGCUCUCUAAUGCUCCCAAGGAUGCUGAACCAUCCGAUUCCAACGCAUAUCUGGACCAAGGUUUUGUCCGCCCAUCCGUCCUUGUACUCUUGCCAUUCCGCUCGUCUGCUUUCCACUGGGUCACAGCAUUCCUUCAACAUACUCCAGAACACCAGGUUGAAAACAAAGCCCGCUUUCGCAACGAAUUUUCCCUCCCUCCAGGCGCAGACGACAAACUAUUGUCUGCUCCACAAGGAACCUACCCCGACGACCACGUAGCGAACAUGGCAGGGAAUAUUGACGACUUCUUCCGAAUCGGGCUCAAGUUUACCCGCAAGUCUAUCAAGCUUUUCGCCGAUUUCUAUUCGAGCGAUAUCAUCUUUGCGAGCCCGCUAGGUUUGAGGGAGCUGAUUGAGAAAGAAAAGAGUGCGGACUAUCUUUCCUCGAUUGAGAUUCUCAUAGUGGACCAACUGGACGUUUUGACCAUGCAAAACUGGAACCAUAUACAGAAACUGAAUGAGCACAAGCUCGUCUUCAAGCAUCUGAACGCGAUGCCGAAGCAGUCGCACGACACUGAUUUUUCACGGAUCAAGCCAUGGUAUCUGGAUGGAAACGCCGCGUAUCUACGACAGUCAAUACUCUUGUCCGCAUAUGAAACCCCAGACACCCGGGCAUUGUACAACAAGAAUCUACUUAACGUCGCGGGGAAACUUCGUCUCGAAGCGGCUUGGCCCGCGGUACAAGUACCAGCAGGCGUUCGACAAAACUUUGUCAAGUUUGAGUGCGGCAGCCCGCAACUGUUUCCAAGUCUCCUCAAGUCGGCUGUUCAAAGCUCGAACACUGUCAUCUUUAUCCCUUCGUACUUUGACUAUACAAGGGUACGGAGUUGGUUGAAGAAGCAAGACAACGUAACCUUUACAGUCCUUUCCGAGGACUCGGAUAACAGAGCGAUCUCUCGAUCCAGGCAAGCUUUCUUCGCGGGGACCAAAGCAAUGCUCCUGGUCACAGAACGAUUCCACUUCUUUCGAAGAUACAAAAUUCGAGGCAUACGCAAUGUCGUCUUCUAUGCACCGCCGGAUCACUCGCAAUUCUAUGGCGAGUUCCUCUCGUAUCCAUUCCUAGACGAGGGUGUCCUGCCUGAGGACGUGACCUGCAAGGUCCUUUUCUCAAAAUACGACUAUAUGCGGCUGGAGAGGAUAGUUGGGAGUGCGGAAGUCGCCAACCUGAUGAAUGCAUAA